CGUUAAUAAUGUCUUUGUUGCGAGUGCAAGUUAUCUUUAUUGAAAUGUAAAAAAAAAAUAAUAAGAUGAAUGUUUUAAUAACACUUUAUUUAAUAAAAUUAUUUGGAGAAACAUAAAAAUAGUUGUUUGAUAUGAUCAUAUAAAAGUUUAAAAUAACGUCAAAUAGCCAAUAAUAUCUCCAGAUUCAAUUACGUGUAUGUAUAGAUGUUCCGUCUGCUGUCUGUGUGGUCGGGCGCGAUGCCGACCGUGAAGCCUCUGUUCCCCACAAACCUUCCGCAGGACUUCCCCUUCGAUCCGCAAGAGUUCGCUGUCUUCGUACUACUCGGGAUAGUAAGCGGUUUACUAGCGGCGUUAUGGGUGUGGCUGCAUCGACAAUACGUCUUGUUCAUGAGAAACACUAAGACACUCAGCAACUUCCUGCAGAAAAACCGGUUCAUCUACCCGGGCAUGAUGACGCUAGUGGUUAUGUCCAUACUAUUCCCGCCCGGCAUCGGCAAGUACAUGGCAGCCGACCUCGGCAACCAGGAACAGGUGCUGUCUUUGUUCUCUAACUUCACGUGGGGCGACGACCUGUCGGCUGCACAGGCCGCGGUGGUCUCACACUGGGAGGCGCCAGGAGUUAACUACUUCGGAUGUCUCUUCAUAUAUUUCUGUUCAAUAGUGAGUAAAUAUUACAACACAUAACACCACCUCAUUUCUCUUUAAUUAGCUUUUCUACGGUAAAUUUUGAACUUAUCUGUUAACACAUUUAAGCUUAUUAUCAG